AAUCCCCACCUUUGCCUCCAAUUCCUCUCUUCAAACCAAUUCCCAAAUUUUCAAUUCAAACUCUUAUUGAGAAAUUGUCAGAAUUACAAUGGGUGAGAAAGAUGAUACUAAGAAGGAAGCUGGUGAGAAGAAGCCGGCCGAUGCCGGCGGUGCAAAGAAGCCCGAUGCUGGCCCUCUCAUCGUCGUUCUUAAAGUUGACUUGCAUUGCGAUGGAUGCGCCAAAAAGAUCACGAAAUCUAUCCGCCAAUUCGAAGGGGUGGAGAGUGUGAAGGCCGACACCGCCGGCAACAAAUUGACGGUCACAGGAAAGGUGGAUCCGAUGCGGAUCAAGGAACGAGUCGAGUACAAGACCAAGAAGACGGUCCAAAUCCUCUCUCCUCAGCCGGCAAAGAAGGAGGAGGAAAAGGAUGACAAAAAGCCGCCGGCGGCAAAACCCGACGGCAACAACGCCGAUGACAAAAAACCCAAAGAGCCUCAAUCUAGUACGGUGGCCCUGAAGAUUCCGCUGCACUGUGAUGGAUGCAUACACAAAAUUAAACGCCUCAUAUCAAAGAUCGAUGGUGUAGAAUCGGUGAUGCCAGAUUCCGGCAAGGAUUUGGUGACGGUGAAAGGGACAAUGAAUGUGAAAGAGCUAAUACCGCACUUAAAAGAAAAACUAAAGAGAAAGGUAGAUGUUGUCCCUCCUAAAAAGGAAGACAAAGGUGGUGAUGCCAAAGAUGACAAGAAAGUUGAGGGUGGAGGUGAUAAGAAAGAGAAGGCGGCAGGAGGAGGUGGUGGCGGUGACGCAAAGGCGGCAGGAGGUGGCGGAGACGAUGGCAAGGCCGCCGGAGGUGGAGGUGGCGGUGAAGACAAAAACAAAGGCAUAGAGGUGAUUAACAAAUUUGAACACUAUGGACAUAAUCCUUACACGCAUACAAUGUCAAUGCCAACGCAGAUGCCAAUUUAUAAUCAGAAUUAUUAUAAUCAAGAUUACGGCAUGGGAGCCUCUUCUAGCCACGGCUAUGUACAACAAGGUUAUAAUUACGGGUAUCCGAUGGAAUACCCACGUGGACCUCCGAUGCCGCCACCGAUGUAUCUUCAAGACACUCGAGUGCCUGAUAGUGGGAUGUUUAGUGACGAGAAUCCUAAUGCUUGUUCACUCAUGUAAAUAAAUUUUAAUAUAAAUCCUAAAAUGUAUAAAGAAAUAGACCGGAUGUUGAAAAAAAAUGAGAUAUUAUAUUGUAGGUUAUAGAACCAGUUAGACGCUCGGCGGUUUAACGAUAGGUUUGUUUAUCAUUUGACUUUGUAACCAUAAAUGAUGGUUAGAUAUUCAAUUUUGUGAUAAAAUGUAAUAUUUUAAUGUUAAAAUAAAUAAAUAAAUUAGAAGCGGUCAUAUUACUAA